AUGAGAACAAAGACAAUAUGCUGCAGUGGGGUCAACCUUAAAGUCUCCAUCCAAGCGUCAGGACUUGCCAACAUCACUGUACUGCAGCAAAAGAAAGGUCAGAUCUCAAGGCAGCCAGAGGUGAAUCUGGAGUCUGGUCCCUCUGGCUAUUACUACCAGAGUGUGUGGCGAGCAUUAGGUAACACCACAGUUCAGCAGUUUAACACUUCCUCGGCCAUCACUCAGUGCCUGAGAGGAAAGGUGAUUCAUAUGUACGGAGACUCCACCAUCAGGCAGUGGUUUGAAUACUUUAAUGGAGCACUACCAGGUCUCAAGGAGUUUAACCUACAUAGCCCUAAGCAAAUUGGACCUUUUAUGGCCCUGGACUACCCAAAUAAUAUCUUCCUGACGUACCGUUGCCAUGGUCCUCCUAUCCGGUUUAGGAAUGUCCCUAUCACCGAGCUGCAUUAUAUUGCCAAUGAGCUAGACAACGUUAUUGGAGGCAGCAACACAGUUGUAGUUCUUGGCAUUUGGUCACACUUCAGCACUUUCCCCAUUGAAGUCUACAUCCGACGACUGCAGAGCAUCCACAGGGCAGUGGUGCGCCUGUUGUCCAGGGCUCCAGAAACACUGGUUGUCAUUAGGACUGCAAAUCCCAAAGCUUUGACACUCUAUGAGACACUUACUAAUAGUGACUGGUAUUCACUGCAGAGGGACAAGGUGCUCAGGACCAUGUUCAAAGGAUUGAAUGUCCAUCUGGUGGAUGCCUGGGAGAUGGUUGUGGCCCACAACCUGCCACACAGCCUCCACCCACAACCUCCCAUUAUCAAGAACAUGAUUAAUGUUCUCUUGUCCUAUAUAUGCCCUCAAAAUGGUGGCUAGAUUUAUUUUUUAACAGACCAGCCACAGAUGAGAUGGACUACAUUUUAAAAAUCUUUUUUUAACAGGAAUUUGAGGUGGGAAAUAGAACCAAGGAAUGAUGGGGUACAACUAUAGAGAGUGGGGUUGGUACAUAAUCUUCACCAAGCAUAAGCAAAUUCUAUAAUGAAGUAAACUACUAAAUACUUAUUGGUUUCAGGUGCAUGAUAUGGUAUUUAAUGUCACUUGUCCAGCUGCUUAUCUCUGAGAAAUA